AUGGCUUUGAAUUGCACUGACAUUCUGAGCAGCAAGACGAUUGGUUGUGGAACUAGGAAAGGCAAACUCUACUACCUGGACAUGGCACCUGACAGUGAAGCCAGAAAGUUAUUUCCAUCCAUAUCUACCAGUUUAGAUAUUUCAAGUUUUAAGUAUGACAUUUGUGAACUAGCUAAGAGUCAUUGUGUUCCUUUUCUCUUAAGUUCCAAUAAAAGUUCGAUUCCAUUUUCUCUUAUGCAUUAUGAUGUUUGGGGCCCUACUAAAAUUGCUACUCCAAGGGGAGCUCGAUGGUUUGUCACGUUUACAGAUGAUUGCACACGCUUGACUUGGAUUUCCCUUCUCAAAACUGAAGGGGAAGUCAGUUCAAAGUUUCAACAGUUUCAACAAAUGGUGGAGACUCAGUUUCAGGCCACAAUGCAGGUUCUUCGUCCUAAUGGCGGAGAAAUUCUCAACCAAGAUCUUAACAAGUUCUUACAAUCAUGGCAUCAUACAUCAACGCUCAUGCCCACACUCCUUAACAAAACGUAA